GAAUGCAGUUGAUAUGUGACGUCAUGGAUCAUGUACAGUGAAGACGGCAGAACUGAAUCCGAUCCGGAUCCGGACUCGAGCAUCAGAUUCUGCACCGCAGUGUCCGGUAGAUGGCGCCGCGGAAGAGCACCGCUGUGAUUUCAGUCUGUAGCAAAGCUGCUCGUCUGCGAUGGAAGCGGUCGAGAAGCAGCCGGAAGUGACGGAACGCGUGUACUGUCCGUGACGUCAGAGUUCGGAGAGUGAUGACAGACAGCAGGAGCGAGAGGACCGGACGCGUUGAGGAAGUAAAUCAUCUGUCCGCUGCAGGAGGAGGAUGCUGAGGAGCCGAUGAUCUGGAGCAUCACUCGUCUUCUUCAUCAUCAUCUUCAUCAUGAACAGCGGCGUUCAGCAUCCGAGCGUCACGGCGGACUGAAUCGCACUCAGCAGCAUCAACACGAGCAUAUCAGCGGAGAUCUGUGAGCCAGCAAAAUGGGAGAGCAGCCCAUCUUCAGCACCAGAGCGCACGUCUUCCAGAUCGACCCCAGCACCAAGAAGAACUGGGUUCCCACCAGCAAACACGCCGUCACCGUGUCCUACUUCUACGACAGCACACGCACCGUGUACCGCAUCAUCAGCCUCGACGGGUCAAAGGCCAUCAUCAACAGCACCAUCACCCCCAACAUGAGCUUCACCAAAACCUCACACAAGUUCGGUCAGUGGGCAGACAGUCGGGCUAACACCGUCUACGGCCUGGGCUUCUCCUCCGAGGCCCAUCUGAGCAAAUUUGCUGACAAGUUUGCGGAGUUCAAAGAGGCGGCGCGGUUAGCCAAAGAGAGAUCUCAGGAGAAGAUGGAGUUAACCAGCACUCCCUCACAGGAAUCAGCGACGGGUGAACUUCAGUCUCCUGUGACUCCAGAGAGCAUCAACGGCACGGACGAGAGAGUGACCCCCGACGCCGCCUUCAACACCGAGAUCAACGCCGUACCGUUCCCUCACAGGUACACACACACACACACUCUCUCACACACAGAAUCAGCGAUGGGUGACCUUCAGUCUCCUGUGACUCCAGAGAGCAUCAACGGCACGGACGAGAGAGUGACCCCCGACGCCGCCUUCAACACCGAGAUCAACGCCGUACCGUUCCCUCACAGAUAUAAUGCUGCUCGGCUCUUCGUGACUCUGUGUGUGUUUCAGGUCACGGAGCUGGAGUGUGUGAGCGGACAAACCGCUGGCGUCAAAACACAGAAAACAGAGCUGAACCAGACCAUAGAAGAGCUGGAGGCCGAGCUGAAGGCCAGAGAGGAGGAACUGGAGAAUCUGAAACAGGAAGUGGAGGAAGCCAGCCAGCUGCAAACACAGAAAGAGUCGCUCACUCAGAAACUACAGGAGACGGAGCUGAGGAGCGCGGAGCUGGAGUCGCAGCUGCUGGAUCUGGAGCAGCGUCUGGAGAACAGCCAGCUGGAGAGCGAGAGCUUCAGGAGGAGUCUGCGCUCGCUGCUGGAGCUGCUGGACGGAAAGAUCUUUGAGCUGAGCGAGCUACGAGACAGUCUGGCCAAGCUGAUGGAGAGCGACAGCAGCUAGAGACACGCACACGCUCAUGUUUCCAGACACUGAUCUCCCUCUCCACUCUCAUCCACCGUGCACAGACUGCGCUGCAGAAACAGAAACCUUGCUGUGCUUUCUGACUCUUGCGGUGCUUUCUAUAAAAGCGUGGCGAGCUGAAGAUGCGAUCCGGCCGCUAGAUCGCUCGUGCAUCAUCUGCUGCUCUUCCACUGAAAUCUGAGCAAUACGAGAGAGAAACGGACACUAUCAGGGAUUUUUCGUCUGGAAGCGUCCUUCCUUUCCAAACACUUUUUAAACACAAACGGGAUUGAGGUGAAUAAUUUUGUUCUUGGGGUUUGUUGUUUCCGGUUUACUUCCUACUGUAUGAUUUCUGGUUAUUUAUUGUAAAAAAAAAAAAAUUAUAUCUAUAUAUUCUAAUCACAGUGGCUGCAUUAAGUAGUUAUUUCAAGUAUGUUUGUUUGCAUUUUUCUUGUUUUUUAUCCUUUCCCAUGUGGAUAUGUGUUUUUUAAAUGUGAGAUAAACUGGCAAUAUUUUUGAACUAUUGAAGUAUUUAAAAGUGAAACAAUGUGAUCAGAUUUCAGCCGAGUGUUUCUCUUUGCCAAAGCUGUUGUACAGAUGAAGUUGAGUGAUCUUGUGCUUCUGAAGAUCUUCAAGGGCUCGCGGCAGAUAGAUGUGCUCGUUUUUGACACACUGGACGGCUUUAUCAUGUUGGAUUUAUGAGCCGAUGUGACACUUUGAGGCUCAGAAACCUUUGAAUAAUAAUUGAGAAUAUUGAUUAUACCACACACUCAAACACAAUUGUAAUUCUGAGUUUAUAGUAAAAUUAAAGAGGAA